AAUUAAUUAAAUGCUUUUCAGAUAUACAAUUCAUCCACUUCAGUUUUUCUUGGUACGAGAUCAAAAGCACUCAAUACCUUAACUGUGUGUAUAAUGGUUAAUAGAGGAAAAGAAUUUUCGCUGGCCAUCAAACACAAGGAAAGUAACUGUUAACUGACGAAGUGAGAGUGGAGUUAUUAAACUGACCAGGAAGCUAUCUUUGUUCAAUGUAUCCUUUCUUUUUAAAGACAGUGGGGUGUGAGUUGAGUGACAUUUCUUUGUUUAUUAGUAGGAGGUCAAGUGAUCACAUAUACUCUGUCGUUAUUGUGGGCUUAAAGAAAAAUUAUAGGAUCUUUUCAGGAAAAGAUCCAAAUUAUAAAAUGUAAAAUGGGUAGUUUUGUUACGAAAAACUGAAAUUAAGUUGCGAAUCUGGAUUAGCAAUCAACUCUGAUCGUUGGCCUGUUUGUUCAGAAGUCACCGACCAGAGAUUAAACAGCGGUAAGAAAGGCGACAUCUUAUAACCGAAAGUAGGACGAGGUGGACAGAGUUGGAAGGUUUUUAAUAAGAUCAGUCUAGACAUGUAUUACAGUAUCCAGGAACUUUAUAGCACUCUCUAUCGUAAGAGGUAAUUUUUAUCCUUCACGCUCAGUUACAAGGCUUGUAAUUUUACAUUCAUUUGUGCCAUUGUAUAUUAGUAACAACUAAUUAACUGUUGUAGCUGAGAAAUUAGUCAUCAACCUGGAUAAAAAUAAGAAAUAGCCUGCAAGAAGUACUUGAAAAUCCUGGUAAUCUAUCAAUAUCAAACCUUACUACCUCAAUACACCUCUCAUUAUUUCAUAUUACAAUGUUAUCACUUGAUAUUGAAAUUAAAAUAUUUCACUAAUGAUUAUCAACAUAUUUACCAACUUCUGAAGACUAAAAGUAACCUUAUGAAGCUGAUGUCUGCGUGUUUUUACAACUUUUGGUUAAAUUGAAGUGAAUUUUUUCUUGGCCUUGAUAUUACUUGCAAAAUUCCUACACUGGUGUUUGCUUGAAAAUUUUCUUUAUAAAUGAAAUCUGAAGAAUUACCAUGAAAUUUUAUCUGUAUUAUCUAUAAGGACUUGAACUUUGAUAUCUGGAUAUAACUCAUUCAUUGGAGCUAUUUUAACAAUCCUUCAGUUGCUGGUUAUUAUUUACAAAAUUAUUUCCUAAUAAUUCAAAGUAGAGUCUACUUUAAUUUGAAGUAUUAGGAUAGAAUGAUAUCUCUUUCUUAAGAACCAAGACAUCAUUAGACUUUAACUGUGAUAACACGCAGAGAAAAUAUAGAUUAAAAGAGAAGUUAUGGAUGAGGAAGCAAAGAUUGGGAAUAUUGAAUCAGACACUGAAAAUAUUGAAUCAGACACCGAGAAUAUUGAAUCAGAUACUGAGAAUAUUGAAUCAGAUACUGAGAAUAUUGAAUCAGACACCGAGAAUAUUGAAGCAGACACCAAAAAUAUUGAAUCAGAUAUUGAGGAUGUCGAAUCAGAUACUGAGAAUAUUGAAUCAGACACCGAGAAUAUUGAAUCGGAUACUGAGAAUAUUGAAUCAGACACCAAAAAUAUUGAAGCAGACACCAAGAAUAUCAAAUCAGACACUGAAAAUAUUGAAUCAGACACCGAGAAUAUUGAAUCAGAUACUGAGAAUAUUGAAUCAGAUACUGAGAAUAUUGAAUCAGACACCGAGAAUAUUGAAGCAGACACCAAAAAUAUUGAAUCAGAUAUUGAGGAUGUCGAAUCAGAUACUGAGAAUAUUGAAUCAGACACCGAGAAUAUUGAAUCAGAUACUGAGAAUAUUGAAUCAGACACCAAAAAUAUUGAAGCAGACACCAAGAAUAUCAAAUCAGACACUGAAAAUAUUGAAGCAGACACCAAGAAUAUCAAAGCAAAGACUGAAAAUAUAGAAACAAACCCUGAGAAUAUUGAAGUAAAAACUGAGAAUAUUGAAGUAAAGACUGAGAAUAUUGAUUCAUUUAAUCAGACAGGAAAAAAUACAGAAGUGAAAUCACAUAAAUGUGAAGUAUGUGGAAAGUUAUUUACUACAAGCAAUUUAUUAUCUUCCCAUAAAUGUCAAGGUAAAACUAUACACCACUGUUAUAUCUGUGGUAAAAUUUUCUCUCAACAUAGUCAUUUGUCUCGACAUGUGCGUAUCCAUACAGGAGAAAGACCAUACCAUUGCGAUAUCUGUGGUAAAUCAUUCUCAGAUAGUAGUACUUUACACACCCACAAACGUAUUCACACAGGAGAGAAACGAUACCACUGUGAAUUCUGUGGUAAAAGCUUUUCUGGAAAUACUGGUUUGUCUUCUCAUAGACGUACACAUACAGGAGAAAGACCAUACAAAUGUGAUGUCUGUGAUAAGGCAUUUUUUACAAGGGCUUAUUUGACUCGACAUACACGUAUUCACACAGGAGCAAAACCAUACUUUUGUGAAUUUUGUGGUAAAUCAUUUGCAGAUAGAAACACGGUAAUUUCCCACAAGCGUAUCCAUACCCAGGAGAAACCAUUCCCCUGCGACGUUUGUGGUAAAACAUUCUCUGAAAGUAGUAAUUUGUCUUGUCACAAACGUAUUCACACAGGAGAAAGACCGUAUCAAUGUGAUAUCUGUGAUAAAGCAUUUUUUACUAAAAGUCAUUUGGCAGGUCACAUUCGUAUUCAUAAAGGAGAACGUCCAUACCAAUGUGAUAUCUGUGAUAAGGCAUUUUCUCAAACUUCUCAUUUAUCUCGACACAAACGUAUUCAUACAAGAGGGAAACUGUUUCCCUGUGAUAUUUGUAGUGAAGCAUUUUCUACAAAUGAGCAUUUAAUUCAACAUCAACAUAUUCACAUGGGAAUGAAUAUAUAGCCGUGUGGUAAUAGAUUUUAUCCAAAUACCAAUAUAUUUUAUAAAUGAAUUUGUUUUUAUUAUAUUUCACCACACUACUAUCAAUGUUUUACUGUUUUAUUCGCUGCCAAUAUUUUAUUGGAAAUUCCACCGUAUCUUUUAUAUGCACUGAAUACUUGAUCAGCUGAACAUUUCAUAUAUCCAUUACUGCUAAACAUUCCUGUCCAGUAUCUGAGGUAAAAAUUCUCUCCCUGUUGACCAGAAUACACCUACAUUUUUCAUGUCUUCUAUAUUUUUUUUGUAUGUGUACAUGGAGCAGAAGCAUUGUCCUACAUGUGAUCAGUACUCUGAGCUUUGUAAAGGGUCUACUACAGACUAGAACUGAAAUAUUUAUUGACACUAAAGGUUUUGGAGGUGGAAUUACCAUGAGUGUUUCCUCAGAAAUUUUGAGUCCUCUCAUUUGUAGCAACUUUGAGGGUUUUAGGUGUGUUUUAUUCUUGAUUAGAUAUGAAAAGUACUACUAUUUCUUUGAUAUGCAUAGUGACUGUACUUUUGUCCCAUUGAAUGUACUGUGCUAUGUUCCCAUUGAAAAUCUUCUCAAGGUCUAUGAUAAGGGCAAAAAAUCAGUCUUUACUUCAUAUCCAUAUGACAAGUAUGUCACCAGGUGACUGGCUAACUUUCUGAAAAUUGUGUUGUAAAUGGUAAGCUUUUUUCAUUAGAGGAAUACAGGAAAUUUUUAUUUUUUUUAUCAUACUCAGAACCUGCAUCCUCAUCAAUGUGUCAUCCUACUAGUGUUGUUACCUGACAUAACCGUUGAAAUUAUCCUCUAUGAAGAUGAUGUCAAUGAUAUCAGUUUUCAUCUAGCUUGGACAAAAGUUUCACUGAACUUAUCCUUCUACUUGUCUAUUAAUCCUAUUGGUGAGACUUGAGCACAAAUCAUAGAUGUUUUGAUGUUGUAAAAUAUAUAUUUGAAAUACUUAUGUUAUCAUAUAUAAAUAUAUACAGGAAAGAAAUUAUAUCAAUGAUAAUAUAUAUGAUCAUACAAAUAUUCACAAGUUAUACUCGUUUGUUGGUAUCCUGUGAUAUGUAUGAUAAUACUUUCCAUCCUGAUUUGAGCAACAUAAAGAAAUCUCCAAAUUACAACAAACUAAUAUUUAAGCAAGCUAUAAGAAAACACCUGCUGGAUGACAAUGUACCUUCUAGAACAUUCCAAUAGUUAACCCAUGCUAUUUGUGUAACUGUUACUAUAUAUGAGAAAAUGCAUAGAACCAUAAAAGAUACAAUCUCAUUAAAAUAAAAUUUUGAAAUAUUAAUUUG